AGCCCCAUAGUUCUGAACACAGAGGCACCAGGCCCUGCUCCAUGGGUCCUCCAAUCUCUGGGGAAGCUGUGCCUGUCUGGCUCUGACACUGACCAUAUCAUCUCUUGCCAUCCCUAAAGUGCACAUCUCCUAGCCCAGACACAGAAUGGCACUGUCCCCCAGCCCCCUGGCCAUGGAAUAUGUCAAUGACUUUGACUUGAUGAAGUUUGAGGUAAAGCGGGAGCCCCCGGAGGGACGAUCAGUGGCCUCAACAGCCUCACUGGGCUCCACACCUUACAGCUCAGUGCCUCCUUCACCAACCUUCAGUGAGUCAGGCGUGGUGGGGGCCACUGAGGGCCCCCGGGCAGGCCUGGAGGAGCUGUACUGGCUGGCCACCCUGCAGCAGCAGCUGGAUUCUGGGGAAGCGCUGGGGCUGAGUCCUGAUGAGGCUGUGGAGUUGCUGCAGGGUCAGGGCCCAGUCCCUGUUGAGGGGCCCCAUGGCUACUACCCAGAGAACCUAGAGGAAACAGGAGCCCAGCAUGCCCAGCUGGCCGAGCGGUUUUCGGACGCAGCACUGGUAUCCAUGUCUGUGCGGGAGCUAAACCGGCAGCUGCGCGGCUGCGGGCGCGACGAGGCGCUUCGGCUGAAGCAGAGGCGCCGCACGCUGAAGAACCGCGGUUACGCGCAAACCUGUCGCUCCAAGCGGCUGCAGCAGCGGCGCGGGCUGGAGGCGGAGCGCGCCCGCCUGGCUGCUCAGUUAGACGCGCUGCGGGCGGAGGUAGCUCGCCUGUCUCGGGAGCGCGACCUCUACAAGGCUCGCUGUGACCGGUUGACAUCUAGUGGCCCCGGGCCCGGGGACCACACCCACCUCCUCCUCUGAGCAGCUGGGGCAGGGCGUGGACCGUGGAGGUGGCUGAGUUGGAGAUUAGCAGCCAGCCAACCCCUGUCCACUGGUCCCAUCCACUCCCCGUAUAACCACACAAAUAACCCCAAACAUUCUGGACCUUCAAGGGAUGCCCGAAGUUAGUCUGGCCAUUUUCUGGGAGAGGUAACUCCUCCACUCAUACACCUCCGCAGGUCAUAAACCUUAGCCUUCAUGAGUAGCAAGCAUACUGAGCUCUGCAGGGGCCAAUGACAGGCACUGAAGGUGCAGGUGUGGAGGAUGGCUGGGUGGCACAGUGAAUGGAAGGAGAGGGAGUGGUACAUUUCCCCCCUCAGUUCUUAAUUCAAGGUUUUCAACUUGUAGUGCAUUAAGACUACAAUUAGCAAUGAGGCUGUUUUUUUUUCACUUGAAGGACUGUAACCUCCCCAUUUUAGGCCUACUGCAGUUUCAAGAUUUAAUAAUUCUCAACAGCAAGACUAGGAACUCUACCCAAUAUGUUUUUCCUUGCCCAACCCAGUGGCCUGCAGGGUCCAGAGCAGUACAGGUCUGAGAAGUAAACCCUGGGAGUGGUUUGGUGUCAGCUGGGAAAGAGCCCUUGGUGCUAAUCACUGCUCUGCCAUAGGAGCCCUCUGUCACCUUGAGCUAAUCAAUUGUUCCCUGGGACUUAGACACUUCAUCUAAUUUUCACUUAGAUUGGAUGACUUCUGGCACUUUUUCAGUUUUGGCACCUCAUCCAUGAGGGACUCCCAAUGGUGUCCCCAAGAGGUCCCUAAGACAAGCUUACAGAAAGCCCUCCUGUCCUGCUUCAGCUUCCUGGCUGCAGCCUAAGCUGUGGGAGAGCAACCCAGGAGAGGAAGCAUGCACUGGGAAACAGGCACUGGGCCUCUGCUACUUCCUCCAAGCUGCCUCAGUCUCCAGACCUACCUAGGGUGUCCCUGCUACUUCCUGCCUCUGAGGGCUGAGGUGAGACUUCCCAGGAUGACGGGGAGCUGAGUGCAGCUUUUAUGAAUUAAACUUGAAGCCCAGGUGGAA